CAGCCAUGGUGGAAUGGCGAGGCAGACUUGAUGGGCCAAACGGCCUAAUUCAGCUCCUGUAUCUUAUGGUGACAUUACAACCCCGUGUGCCUUCCAUUAGUAUCUCAGUCUGGGGAGAGAAGACGGGAGGAACAGAACGCGGCCGUGCAAAGUGAGCGUCGGUGACGGAUUUGACAUUUACAGCGCUGAUUUAACAGAAUUUCAGACUGAAUUGGGAACCUUGAACUGUUUAAACAAGAAGUGACGCCUAUAACUCUGAGUUGAUCUUUGCUCCUGUGAAUUCUGCCCCACACACACGGGGAACACUGAACAGGCUGGAAUUCAGAGACUCCGGGACCUGAACGCAGAAUGGUAGGCUGGAAUAUAAUGGAGGGGUUCAGGACGUGACGGGGGACGAACCCAAGUGCACGGAGACAGGGUAGAGAGGCGCUACCACAGUCGCGAACGUGGAGCGGAUACCCAGGAGAGUUUUUACUCGGAGACCAGGUUCACGUGGAGUAUCCAGGGAAUGGUGCGGAGCUGAGGAAUCAGGAAACCAGAUUUACACACACUGGAAUUGACCAAUGAACUGGCAGCUGAUUGCUGUGACUCCCGGGCUGCUUCCGACGCGCUGUUCGAAGACACAGUUCGGAGGUGGUGGCAGUACCGCAACGAAUGUCUGGAGAACAUUGUGCACCAAGAGAAUCGGUUAACAGGUGUUUUCUGUCCCCGCUCUUUUGACAUGCAUAUCUGCUGGCCAGACGGUUUACCUGGGACCUGGGUGAACGUUUCCUGCCCCUGGUACAUCCCAUGGAUCGACAGAGUGGGUAACGGCUCCGCCUUCAGGUACUGUAUGGAGGACGGCUCUUGGCUGAAUGACAACGUGACCAAUCAGCCCUGGGUGGACAAUUCAGAGUGUGACGAAGAUGAUGUGUUUCUCCAGCAACAGGUGUUGAAACGCCAGGUCCUGAACUCCUUCCGCUGGGUUUACACGGCUGGUUACUCCCUGAGCCUCCUCGCCCUCCUCACUGCCAGUCUCAUUCUCGUCUCCUUCAGGAGGCUGCGCUGCACCAGGAACCACAUCCACCUGAACCUGUUUGCUGCCUUCAGCCUGCGGGCUGUCGCCGUCCUCAUCAAAGACUCCUUCAGCGACCAGCUGCAGUUGGCCAGUGCCACGCCUCUGGAGCCAUGGCUUGGGGCACCACUCUCCCAGCUGCUGGCAUGCCGUGCUGCGCAGGUCUUUCUCCACUACUCUGUGGUGUGUACCUAUCACUGGCUGCUGGUUGAGGGCCUCUUCCUCUACGUCCUCCUCGAGGUGUUGGUCUUCUCAGAGCAGAAGAGUUUCCGCGCCUACCUGCUGAUCGGUUGGGGUAUUCCACUGGGAUUCAUCUUGCCCUGGAUCGCAGUCAAAUAUGUACUGGAAAAUUCGGGGUGCUGGAGGCAGAACAAGAACAUGUCAAUUUGGUGGAUUGUUCGGACCCCGCUGCUUCUCGUCAUCACUGUCAACUUUGCAAUUUUCAUCCGGAUAAUGAUUCUGCUCAUCUCCAAGAUGAGGUCUCCGCAGGUCCAGGACACAGCCUGGAGAAACCGUCUAACCAAAUCAACUCUCAUUCUAAUCCCUCUCUUGGGCGUCCACGAGGUUCUCUUUGCUUUUGUCACAGAUGAGAACGCUAAAGGCACCCUGCGGUACGUCAAACUUUUUGUGGAGCUCUUCUUUGGUUCCAUCCAGGGCCUGCUGGUUGCUGUCCUUUAUUGUUUUAUUAACGGAGAGGUCCGACACGAACUGAGGAAGAAACUGCAACAGUGGAGGAUGAAGAAGAACUUGAGGAAGUCCCAUUAUCGGAAUGGUGGUGGCCAGAGGGAGAGGGUGGAUGGCAGUGAACAGGAUGUGGAGAUGGGGACCAGAGAUGAUCUUGAAUCUCCCAAUACCGAUGAAGGUCUCCUCAAUACACUGAGUUCUCAUCAGGGGUUAAAUUCAGAGAUAACAGAGCUCCCAGGUCAAGCCAGCAUGCUCGUGCUCAGUUCCAAUGAUUAGGAGUGGUGGUGGGUGCUGAGAUAGAAACAUCGAAAACCUACAGCACAAUACAGGCCCUUUGGCCCACAAAGCUGUGCUGGACAUGUACUUACUUAGAAAUUACCUAGGGUUACACAUAGCCCUCUAUUUUUCUAAGCUCCAUGUACCUAUCCAGGAGUCUCUUAAAAGACCCCAUCAUAUCCACCUCCACCACCAUCGCCAGCAGCCCAUUCCACACACUCACCUCUCUGAGUAAAAAAAAGACUUACCCCUGACAUCUCCUCUGUACCUACUUCCAAGCGCCUUAAAACUGUAUCCUCUUGUGCUAGUCAUUUCAGCCCUGGGAAAAAGCCUCUGACUAUCCACACAAUCAAUGCCUCUUAUCAUCUUGUACACCUCGUAUCAGGUCACCUCUCAUCCUCCGUCGCUCCAAGAAGAAAAGGCCAAAUUCACUCAACCUAGUCUCAUAAGGAAUGCUCCCCAAUCCAGGCAACAGAUAGGGACGGAGAGAGUGGCCAAGGGAGAACCAGUCAAGUCAAACAUUGUUCCUUUACAGAUGUGUGUCUUGCAGUGUUGCUGAUGUAUUUGGAAGGGCCAUGGUUCAGGUGACCCAAGACCCAGUAUCUGUCAUGAGGGUUGUCAGCUUUAGUAACUGUGGGAGAAUGAAGGAAUGGCCGAUAAUAACUGUAUCACAGAUCUAUCACACGUUCUCUCAAUACCCAGGGUACAAAUAAUGAGAAGAGAGGCAGGAAUGAAUCUUUAUCCCAAUUGGGAGUUUUAAAAAGGCGCAGCUUAGCAGUGCGGCAGUUAACGUAAUGCUUUACAGCACCAGUGACCUGGGUUCAAUUCCACCUCUGUCUGUAACAACUUUGUAUGUUCUCUCUGAGACUAUGUGGGUUUCCUUCCAUAGUCCAAAAAUGUACAGGUUAACACAGAACAGUACAGCUCUGUACAAGUCCUUUGGCCCACAGUGUUGUGCCUGUUGACUUUUUAACCCACUCUAAGAGUAAACUAUAAGACAUUUCCUCAUGGCUGAUUUAUUCUUCUGCCUUCACCAUAUAGCCUCAACUUUACUAAUUAAGAAUCUAUCAACCUUCGUUUUAAAUAUACUCAAAGACUUGUCCUUCAUAGACGUCCAUGGCAAAGAAUUUCACAGAUUCAUCACCCUCUGGUUGAAGAAAUUCCUCCUCAUCUCUGUUUUCUGUAAAUGGAUGUCCCUCUAUUUUGAGGCUGUGAUCUCUGGUCCUCAACUCAAUCACUAUAGGAAACAUCCUUUCCAUAUUCACUUCCUUCUCACAUAUGGAUCUUUGUAAGGUAUUCAGCCCCAACUCUUUGUUCACAACCGGGAUUUUGAUCAAUUUAACUGGGAAUUUAAAUUUGCGAAUCAUAUGCUCCUUUUUUCACACUAGAGCCCAAAAACACACUAACUUGUAAAGUUAAACUAAAACUUCAAAAAAACUGAAAUGUCAGCAGUUCAAAAGUAUUCAUCUGCCUUUGUUCAGUACUUAGUUGAACUAGCUCUCGCAGCUAUUAAAACCAGUAGUCCGUUUGGAUAAGUCUCCAUUAGCCUUGCACAAUGUGAUGGAGCAAGAUUUGCCUAUUCUUCCUUCUAAAAUUACUCAAGCUGUGCCAGGUUAGUUGGGGAACAGCGGUGGACAGAAAUGUUGAAGACUUGCCAGAGAUGUUCAAUUGGGUUAAGGUCAGGACUCUGACUGGGCCACUCAAGGACGUCAAUUUUCUUCAUUUGAAGCCACUCCACGGAUGCUCUGGCAGUGUGCUUUGGGUCGCCGUCCUGAAGAAAGGUGAACUUUCUCCACAAUUUAAGAGACUAGCAGGUUUUUAUCCGGGAUCUCUCUGUAUUUAGCAGUAUUCAUCUUCCAAUCAUUCCCGACCAAAUUUCCAGUUCCUGCUGCUGAAAGGCAUCCCCAUAACAUGAUGCUACCUCCACCAUACUUCACAGUAGGGAUGAUGUUAUCUGGCUGAUUUACACCACAUGUAAUAGUGUUGAGGCCAAAAACGUUCUGCUUUAGUCUCAUUCAACCAAAAGACCUUCUUCCACAUCUUUACCGUAUCUUCUAACUGAUGGGUAAGGAUAAGCUUUUUUCUUUAGCCAGGGCUUCUUCCUUGCCACUCUUCCAUAAAUACCCUUUUUGUGCAAGGUCAGAGAUUGUGGUGCCAUGAACUUCAUCUCCAGUUGCAGCCACUGACUUCUGCAGCUCACUCAGGGUGACUGUUGCCAUCACAGUAGCCUCUUAUAAAUGUGACUAAGUUUCCAGGGUUAAGCUGACCUAGGCAGUAUGGUUGUGUUUAUAUUUUUCCCACUUUUUCAAGAUGGACUGCAGUGAGCUCCAAGGCAUGUUUAGUCCUUGAGAUGAUCUUGUACCCUUCCCUAGAUUUGUGUUUCUAUUAUCAAUUCCCUGACUUGCCUCAAAUGCUCUUUUGUCUUAAUUUUGGUUUGGUAUGUUAAAAAUUGACCAUAUUGUUGGACCUUACAGAGAGAGGGGGUAUUUGUUCAGGUGACCCUCCUAUUUUCUACAACAAAAAAAUGGGUGAAUUGUUAAGUUAAUAUACAGUAUUGCAGCUGAGGGAAGUUGUCUAGUAAUUACAAAGGGGGUGAACGCUUCUUCAACCUCACAAUUUUGGUUUUAAAUUUUUAGCAAAUUGGUGACAGGUUUAGGAUUUUUUGAUUUGACAUAUGCAGAAUGUUUUGUAGAUUUGCUUGAAAUCCUAUUUCAGCAUACUUCAAAUUUAGAAAAUGAGACAGUAAAAUGUGAAAGUAGUUGUGGGGGCUGAAUAUGUUUUCAAGGCACCAUAAUCAUCCAUGUACCUAUUUAAAAGUUUCUUAAAUGUUCCUAAUGUGUCUGCCUUUACCAGCUUUUCUGGCAGGGUAUUCCAUGCACCCACUACUGUGUUUAAAAAAAAUCUGACACCCAACCCCCUUCUACUUCCUUCCAAUCACCUAAAAAUAGCCCAUAUCAUCUCAUUUUCACUGUGGAUGUCCGGUCCCUAUGCACCUCCACUCCCCACCAGGAAGGCCUCAAGGCUCUCCGUUUCUUUCUAGACAUCAGACCCAACCAGUUCCCCUCCACCACCACUCUCCUCCAUCUAGUGGAACUUGUCCUCACUCUAAGUAAUUUCUCCUUUGGCUCCUCACGUCAAACAAAAGGUGUAGCCAUGGGCACUUGUGUGGGUCCCAGUUGUGCCCGCCUGUAUGUCAGCUACGUGGAACAGUCUGUAUUCCAAGCCUACACUGGUGACCGUCCCGCACUUUUCCUACAUUACAUCAACAACUGCAGUGGUGCUGCUUCCUGCACCCGUGCAGAACUUGUUGACUUCAUCCACUUUGCCUCCAACUUCCACCCAGCCCUCAAAUUUACCUGGUCCAUUUCCAACAUCUCGCACCCCUUUCUCAAAUUCUCUGUCUCUUUAGACAGCUUAUCUACUGACGUCUAUUACAAAUCCACAGACUCUCACAGCUACUUGGACAAUACCUCUUCCCAACCUUCCCUAAAAAUGCCAUCCCCUUCUCUCAAGCUUUUCAUUCCAAAAUGAAGCAGAUGUCUUCCUUUUUCAAAGAAAGGGGCUUCCAUUCCUCCACCAUCAAUGCUGCCCUCAACCACAUCUCUAUUUCACGCACGUCUGCUCUCACCCAUCCUCCAGCUACUGUACCAGGGAUAGGGUUCCUCGUGUCCUCACCUACCACCCUGCCAGCCUCCACAUCCAGCACAUAAUCCUCCACAACUUCCACCAUCUCCAACGGGAUCCCACCACCAAGCACAUUUUUCCCACCACUUUCCGCUUUCCACAGCGAUCACUCCUUGUCCAUUCGUUCCUCCCCACUGAUCUCUCGCCUGGCAUUUAUUCUUGCAAACGGAACAAGUGCUACACCUGCCCCUACACCACCUCCCUCACUACCAUUCAGGGCCCUAAACAGUCCUUCCGGGUGAGGCAACACUUCACCUGUGAGUCUGGUAGGGUCAUCUACUGUGUCCGGUGCUCCUGGUGUGGCCUCCCGUAUAUUGGUGAGACCCGACAUAGAUUGGGAAACCAAUUCGCUGAGCACCUACGCUCCAUCUGCCAGAAAAAGCAGGAUCUCCCAGUGGAGAUUUUAAUUCCAUUUCCUAUUCCCAUAUUUCUAUCCAUGGCCUCCUCCACUGUCAUGAUGAAACCACACUCAGGUUGGAGGAACAACAUCUUAUAUUCUGUAUGGGCAGUCUUCAACCUGAUGGCAUGAACAUCGAUUUCUUGAACUUCCAGUAAUGCACCACCAUUUCAUCAUUCCCCAUCCCCUUUUCCCUAUCACCUGGUAUUUCUCUCUCCCCUCCUCCCCCACACCUUUUAAAUCUACUCAGCUUUUUUCUCCAGUUCUGCUGAAGGGUCUCGGCUCAAAACAUCAACUGUCCUCUUCCAUAGAUGCUGUCUGGCCCACUGAGUUCCUCCACCAUUUUGUGUGUGUUACUUGAAAAUGAUGCCCCCUUAUAUUAGCCAUUUUCACCCUGGGAAAAUCUCUCAGGCUGGCCGCUGACCGAUGAUCUUCAGUGUAAUUGGGGCAGUGGGGCUGUUACCAUGCUGGAUCUCUUAUACAGGAUUUAAUAUGCAACACUCAGGACAGGUGUUGCAGUGAGGAGAGGUGGAAAUGACCUGACACAAGUCAAAAUUCAGUGAGCAGUGCACCUUGCUAAUCAGUGCAAAGUGAAAAACCAUCCA